UAAGACUAGACUAGAAAAAGAAAAUGUCAGAGAUUGAUAAUAUUACACUGGCACACGUGAUUUUAAAAUCAAUACAGCAGUGUCAGAUCGGCCGGUUUUCAUUUCACUUCAUCACAGUUCCUCUAUAUAGUCACCCGUCAAGAGGACAACGUUUUUGACGAUGAGGAGUGCGACUGGGUUUGUUGGGUUCUUGCUGCUCAUUGCGAGUUCCAGUUGCAAUGAGUUUGUAAUGCAUGAAGGUCAGAUGGUAGAGUCAGUGUAUGGAACAGAAGGCCAAGUAUCCUGGCUUGAGUGUGAAGUGGACGUGGAGGAGAACAACCUCACAGUGAUCUGGGCCCGAGACAACCAGACCCUGGACACAUCCACCUCUCGAAUCAGAGUGCAAGGUGCCAUGCUGUGGUUUCUAUCUGCUGAAAAAGGAGACAGCGGAAUGUAUACCUGCAGGGAAAGCCUCCAGUCUCCUGUGGCGUCCCAGGUGUUUCUCUCGGUUUCGAGCAAGCCGUGUCCACAGCCAAGUUUGUUUGAAACUGUCCAGCAAGGGACCAAUAUGACGCUUCUCUGCCGACAGGAUGAGAUCUCCCAGAUUGCAUUGGUUAAUCACAUCCGCUGGCUGAAGGACUGCAAACCUAUUGAUAGCAUAACACUUGUAAACAUUAUGCCUGGUGAUGCAGGGAACUACACUUGCGUGAUUAGUUUGACAUAUGAAGGGAGGAGCUAUCUUGCUUCACAAUCUACUUGGCUAGAAGUAAAAAAUGAUCCCCCUCUACAGACACCUAAGGUGACUUACCCAAAAGAGGACACAAUAUACAUCUUUCCAGAUCAGCCAGCUAAUCUGACGUGUAUCGCAUCACUUGGUUAUGAUGAGGAAAUUGUGACUGAAACUAUAUCUUACUGGACUGUCAACAAUUCAUUUAUUGAUAACUAUCCAGAACUGAAGAAAAAUACUCAUUCGACCAUUGAGAUCAGAGAUGGGAUGUAUUACUCAGCCAGCAUCCUUUCAAUCACAGUGGUCCAACAGGAGUUCUUUCACGUCCCUUUCCGGUGCAAAUUCGACAAUCCGGUGGGAACAGCUCACAAAGAUUUGUGGCUGAAACCAAUUAGGACUCGUGUUUUUCAAAGCUGCCUCAUCAUCCUUGCAGCUCCCAUAUUGGCCAUCAUUGCUGUGGUUUGCUUCUCACGAUGCUGCUGAUGCAAUACCCAGGCUUUCUAAAGAGAAACUAACUAACAUGUCCGCCGAGGCCAAUGGCUCUUGGUACGCUGACACCUUCACACCCAUGUCCUUCCAAAGGUCUUUAAAUCCAUCAAACAAAGGAAGAGGACAGAGGCUCGAAAAUAUCAUCCCCUACUGCUGACUUGAAUGUGAAUUACAUGUUGACAAAUGUGUCCAGUACUGCAGUGAAGCUAUGACGGACAGACAGAGGAAGAGGUGGUGUCUUAUCUGAACAUCCUGCCAUACAUCCCAAUUUAGAAGUUAUAGCUUCUUUUUUUCAUGUUUUACAUAAUAAAUAUUUCAAGUAUAGCCUAUAGUUGUAAGCUGUAAAGUAUGGGCUCCAGGCGUUGAUGAAGGAUGUAGGCCUAUAUACUUGUGUUUCAGAACAAAUGUUUAUGCCUGUCAUGUCAUUUUACAUGAGUAGUAAGUGCUUCUGUUUUAUCUGUAGCCUAGUUGUACAAAGUAAGACUAAAGUAGCCAUUACAAAA